AUGCAAGAUAUUGUAACAGAAAAAUGUUUCAUUUUCAGUGUGAUACACCCUACAAAGAUGUUCUGCGGCAUGAUAGCAGUGGGUCUAGCCUUUGGACUUUUCUACUAUCUGACAAAUAAUAAACAACCAGCUGUUGCAUUCAAGAAGGACCACCCCAUAAUUUCUCUUAUAAUCCUCAUUCUUGGAGUGUAUUUCAUUGUUUACUUGCUGGGAUCUGUUGUGGUGUUUCUCAUGGGAAUCCUUUUACCUAUUAUGGUGAUCUUUGUGCACGCUUCCAUGAGACUCCGCAACCUGAAGAAUAAGCUGAUGAAUAAGGUUGAGUAUCUGGGGCUCAAGCGCACUCCAAUGGGUGUGAUCCUUGAUGCAUUAGGCCUGGAGCAGGACUUCCUCAUGUCCAAAUUGAAUCUUGACGGGAGUUUCAAAUUGCUCGACUCUUUCAUCAAGAGACCUGAGAUGAUCAACUCCAGAAGUUAGCCUCUGCAUGAUUAUCUGCUUUCAUCCCCAAAUAAUUUAGCAUCCUUAACUAUGAUUGGUAAUAAACGAGCAUUACUUUUCUGUAUCAGACGUGCUUAAUAAUGCUUCAUUAUUAAAAAUUUACUUGUAGCUUGCCUGCGCUUAAAUUAAACUUUAAAUAAAUACCUGUAUUGCAAUAUGUUUUUCCUUAAACUUGCAUAUAAUUUUUGAGAUAAAGGCUCUUGAUGCAAUCACAGUCUUAGUGUUGUGAUGAUUGUAGUUCAUCUUGUAUUUUUUUAAGUUUAAUUUACAUCAUUUGAUAUUAGUAAUAUCUGUGUUAGAUUCAUAUCUUAUACUGUAUUGACAAAAGUAAUGCAGGUAAGGUGAUUUUUGUUAACCAGCUUA